AUGUCGACUGAUAUUAUGGAUGAGCCAUCAACAAAAAAGCAAAAGCUGUCGUCACCUUCUGAUUUUGACGAUGAUCCGUUGAGUGAAUUGGAAAAAUUGGAUCCUUUGCCGUCAACUCAAUCGCAAAAUGGUAGUAAUAUGGAUGUUAUGUCUCAGCAGCCAUCCAGUGUUCAUAUAUCGAUGAGUAACGGUGGUGGUCCAUCAUCGGUGGGCACGAUGGGUCCGUCGAGUCAGUCGAAUAGUGUUGGGCACGGUGGCUACGGCAGUGGGCCAGGCUCACAAUCGCAACCAGUCUCGGUGUCCACCCAGUCGAUCUCAGUAUCGCAGCAAUCCUCAAUAAGUCAGUCAACCUCACAACAACAAACCACAUCCAACUCCCAACAGCAGCAGCCCUCUGUUCUGCAAGAGUUAUUAUUGAACCCAACCAACCAAAAUACGCAAACCAUGAACAGUCCUCGACCCCCAUAUUCAAAUCAAUAUCAGACAAGGAGUCCGAUGACAAGUGCCGCAACAAUGAUGUCACCAGCGAAUUGUCCCCCAAAUACGGCAAUGCCCGGCGGUGGUCCUACAGGUCCGCGGAGUAUGCGACCCACAGGACCUCAAAUGUACUCGCCUAGCCCUCACCCCGAAAUGGGUGGACCCAUGCAAUCGGGAGCCUCAAGUCAAAUGGGACAUCCCGGGCAGCAAGGAAGUUACGUGACAUCGCAAAUGAUGGCACCUCAACAAGCGCAACAAUCCAUUGCGUAUACAUAUCAGCAGCAACCUGGAACUCGACCGAUUUAUGCGACCAGUGUGAGGGGAGGCGCACCGCAAUCAACGGGUAUGGGUCGAGGUGGUAACACUAUGAUGAUAAAUGGAUCUGGGAACCCGCGAAUGCGAGCUGCUCAUCCCGGGAUGAUUAGUAUGCAACAAGGUGGUGGUGGUCAAAUGAUGCGAAAUAUGAUCGUACAACCAAGCGGCGCGCAGUAUGAGCAAAAUGCUUAUGGUAUGCCAUCGUCUGGUACAACACCUAUGCAGAGGGCACCGAGUGAUCCGUACAUAAUGCAGCAGUCACAAAGCGGACAGCCAGUACCUUCACCGAAUUACGCCCAAAUGCAGCAGGGGCAUUUAGUGAGCAGAGGACAGCCGAUCGGGUAUAGUAACGCACCAAGUGCGCCUCCUAAUAUGCAACAACCUAGCAACAUGAUACCAACACAACAUUUGAUUGAACAACAGCAUCCGAUGAUGUCCUCCCCACAACAACCCGGUCAAAGCGCUGGCGCACCACCAAAUCACGGUGGUACUGUUAUGCAACCGAUGGGUGUACAGUCCAGCCAAAUGAACGUCUCGAAAGGUGGUAUGAUGCCAUCUAUGACUACACAAAUGACCACUCCCAGUGCUUCAUCAAACACUCCAAUGCAGCAGUUCGUACACGGAGGACAACAACGUGAAACUGGUGCGCCAUUGGGGAGCGGCAGCCAAGGGAAUCAAGACCCUGAAAAACGAAAGCUCAUCCAGCAGCAACUCGUCCUCUUACUUCAUGCUCACAAAUGUCAGCAACGUGAACGAUCUGGAGGGGAUAUGGCGAAUGGCCGAACCACAUGUACAUUACCGCAUUGCUCAACGAUGAAAGAUGUUUUACAGCAUAUGACUACGUGUAGUAGUGGGCGCGCUUGUAAUUAUGCCCAUUGUGCUUCGUCACGACAAAUUAUUUCACACUGGAAGAAUUGCAUUCGUGAGGAUUGUCCUGUUUGUAAUCCUUUGAAGAAUAUCCAAAACACUUCAUCCGGUGCUGAUAGGCGACCUGUACCAGUGGGUGAUGUGUUCGGUGGAAGCAGUGGACCAGGUUCACAGACUUUGCCGUGCGGUCCACCGAGCGUUGGUAAUGUUGAUACCGGUGGUGCGCCCAGUCGAAUGAGUGCAGCUUCACAUACGGGCGGUCCAAUGAGCGCGGGUCAUGGUGGUCCGGGUUCAGUGGGUGGCGUGCCGGGCUUUGGUUCACCGAGUACAUCAUCCUCACUGCUCAUUGACUACAACCCCUCUUCCGAUCCAUUUCGAUCGCCAAAUCCGCCAAAUAAAGUGGUACCAUCGAGCGGUAAGGGCUGUGGUAUGAACAUGAAUACGAGUGAUAACCUGAGUGGUUUACCGCCACCAGACGCACCGUCGAUGGUAAAAGAAUGGCAUCAACAUGUCACCAAAGAUCUGCGAAAUCAUUUAGUUGGUAAACUGGUGAAAGCCAUCUUCCCAGCGCCAGAUCCAGCAGCAAUGCACGAUCAGCGCAUUAAGGAUCUCAUUUCGUACGCAAGAAAAGUUGAGAAGGAAAUGUUCGAAGUGGCCAAUGAUCGAGAAGAAUAUUAUCAUUUGCUCGCCGAGAAGAUUUAUAAAAUCCAAAAAGAGCUGCAAGAGAAGAAGAUCAAACGAUUGCAUGAGCAAGGCAGAGGAGGUGUAAAUGCCGGUGGAGCAACUGGAACCAGCCAAGUCACCCAGUUCAAUCCGGCGAUCGACUUCGAUAUGCCUGGUCCGCCGAAUCGAACGACACCUUCAUUUGCGUUGUGUGCUAGUGCUGGUGGUGGAGGUGCUGCUGGGAUGACGCCCUCGUCAUCAGCGCAGAUCAACGCCCAACCACCCUCUUCUACGGAAUCUGAGCUAGAGAAACAUUGCGAUUCGGUUACACUAAGGAAGCCUUCGGACGGAUUGUCUCCUUAUCGCAGUGAUAUUCUUGGUUUUGACGAUGAAUAUUGGAGUAGCGUACAGAUUGAAUAUUGUUGCACGUAUUGCGAUAUUUGUUUGCAACGACUAAUUAAAGUUUAUCGUCUUGAUCUUCAAAAAUUGCCAUCCACGUUAUCUAUUCGCUGUACUCCGGGUGGAGCCUUGGCGAAUGGACAAAUGGGUGCCAACGGUGCAUCGUCAAUGGUGAAAACAGAGCCGACUGAGGUUAUUGAGAUUGCGAAUGGCGCUCUUAAUUCACAACGGUCCACUCUCUCUGAAGAUUCUAGUGGAGGAUGUUCUUCUAAACCAGGUACUUCAUCAUCAUCUGAUGGUGGCAAACCGGUGCAAAGUUUGACAAAGGCUGUAAAAAGUGAGACGAAACUGAUAAAAAGUGAGCCAAAGGAAGAGAGCAGUCAAGAGGAAAAGAAAGAUUUACCUGAAAAGGUUUUCGAUGCCAACGAGUUGAGGAAUCACUUGAAGCCAAUAUUAGACAAAUUGUUCAAUUUGGAGGAGUCAAUACCUUUCCGGAUUCCUGUCGACCCAGAUAUUUUGGGAAUACCAGAUUACUUUGAUAUAGUGAAGAACCCAAUGGAUCUAUCGACAAUCAGUGACAAGUUAGAUAAAGGUCUGUACAAAAAUCCUUGGCAAUUCUGUGAUGACAUGUGGCUGAUGUUCGAUAACGCAUGGCUGUACAAUAGAAAAAAUUCGAAAGUUUAUAAAUAUUGCACAAAGUUGAGUGAACUGUUCGUCGAAGAGAUCAACCCAGUGAUGCGAAAAAUGGGAUAUUGUUGUGGUCAGAAGUUGGCAUUCACCCCACUCGCUUUAUUCUGUUACGGACAGUCGAUGUGCACGAUAGCGCGUGAUCAGCCGUAUCAUGUUUAUGAAGCAACUUCAACGCAGUACGGCGUGACUGUGUCAGAUCGUUACACUUACUGCACGAAGUGUUUCGAAGCGUUGGAUGAGAAAGGAAUCAGUCUCAGCGAAAACCCGAACGAUACGUCAAACAUGGUACCAAAGUCGAAGUUCACACUGAUGAAAAACGAUCAGAUAGAUCCCGAGCCAUUCGAACAGUGUAAAGUUUGUCAUCGGCGUUGGCAUCGUAUCUGCGCCCUUUAUAGUAAAAAGGUAUUUCCGGAAGGCUUCACAUGUGAAACGUGCCGGAACGAGAAGGCAUUAUCAAAACCAGAAAAUCGUUUCACAGCAAAAAAGUUACCGCAUUGUGCACUUUCACGGUUCAUCGAAGAUCGCGUAAAUAAAUAUCUGAAAAGCAAUCCGGCUGGUAGAGAUUGUGAAGUUAUCAUCAGGGUUUUAUGUGCGACCGAUAAAGAGGUCGAAGUUAAACCGAUGAUGAAGCAAAAGUAUGGUCCGAUUGGCUUCCCGGAUAAGUUUCCGUACCGAACAAAAGCUGUUUUCGCAUUUGAGGUUAUUGACGGCACUGAAGUGUGCUUCUUCGGUCUUCACGUGCAAGAAUACGGCAGUAAUUGUCCACCACCUAACCAAAGACGUGUCUAUAUCGCGUAUCUUGAUUCGGUUCACUUUUUCCAACCUCGCCAGCUGCGAACUGAGGUGUAUCACGAAAUACUCCUCGGUUAUUUGCACUACGCAAUGUUACUCGGUUAUACGAUGGCACAUAUCUGGGCGUGUCCGCCAUCAGAGGGCGACGAUUACAUAUUUCAUUGUCAUCCGCCCGAGCAGAAGAUCCCGAAGCCGAAACGUCUUCAAGAUUGGUAUAAAAAGAUGUUGGACAAAGGAGUUGGUGAGCAUACGGUGUUCGAUUAUAAGGAUAUCUAUAAACAGGCGCGUGACGAUAACUUAACGUCGCCAAUGGCACUUCCAUACUUCGAAGGUGAUUUCUGGCCGAACGUCAUCGAGGAUUGUAUUCGGGAGGUUCAGAACGAAGAACAAGAGAGAAAACGUCAAGAAGAAGCACAGCACAAUGCAGAUGACGAUGACGAGGAUGAUGUAUUCCACACGGGCGAUAACGGCAAAAGUAAAAAGAAUAGCAAGAAAAAGAACAAUUUGAAGAAGGCGAAUAUGAAAAGUAAAAAGAAGCAGGGCACGUCGACGGGUAACGAGGUUACCGAUAAACUCUUCAACAACUUUGAGAAACACAAGGAAGUCUUCUUCACCAUUCGCUUACUUUCGCCGCAAUCAGAACUGACGGCACAAAACAGUGAAAUAAAUGAUCCAGACCCGUUGAUGCCAAGUGAUUUGAUGGAUGGACGAGAUACAUUCUUAACGCGAGCGCGUGAUGAACACUGGGAAUUUUCAUCGUUGAGACGAGCGAAGUAUUCGUCGAUUUGCUUUUGUCAUGCGUUACACAACCAGGAAAGGGGCGAGGGCCUGUCAUACACCUGCAACAACUGUCAGCGUAACGCUGUUUGGCAUUGCACGACAUGUGACGAUUUCGACUUGUGUAACAAAUGUUAUGAGUCGAUGUCACAUCCGCAUAAACUGGAAAAGGUCAACGCGUUGGUCGAAGUUGGUGGGGAGGAUAAGCAGGAUGCUGGCAACUCUCGAAAUGAGAGCAUACAGCGCUGUAUACAAUCACUGGUACAUGCUUGUCAAUGCCGCGAUGCGAACUGCCGUCGUCUGUCGUGCCAUAAGAUGAAACGAGUGGUACAACAUACGAAAGUGUGCAAGAAACGUCAAAAUGCGAACUGUCCCGUUUGCAAACAGCUCAUUGCACUGUGUUGUUAUCAUGCAAAACACUGCAAUGGUACUGCCUGUCAGGUGCCUUUCUGUUUAAAUAUUCGUCAAAAGUUGCAAGAGCAACGACGGUCACAGAAUCGACGUGCAGAUAUGCUGAUGAGACGUCGUAUGGAUAUGUUAUCUGCUGGUGGAAAUGCUCCUGUUGCGGUUCCUGGCGCGUUACCACCGAAUCCAGCUCUGCAAACGAAUGGUCCAACCAGUUUGAGUGUGCCACCUCAUGCAACCACAAGUCAGCACAGCGGAGCGGGUCCGAUGCAGCCACAGCAGUAUCAAGGUGGUGGCAUGACACAAAUGAGCGCCUCAGUCCAUCAACAGAUGCAAAUUGCGCAGACGCAGGGUGGUAUGAUGGCUACUCAACAACAGCAACAUAUGGGACAGCUGCAGCAGAUGCAACCUCAGCAACAGUAUCAGCCAUCUCACGGAGGAAUUCAAGGUGCUGGAGGUGCGAUGCAAAUGAUGGCUGCUGGUGGACAGCCGCCGCAUCAGAUGCAACAGGCGAAUGUCAUGCAACAACAGCGUAUGAAUAUGGGUGGAGUAAUGCAACGUGCUGCAGUGAACACACAACAAACAAUGAAUCCUCCGCCGUACGCACGUGGAACCCCACAGCAGGGUGGACCGUACGGAAUGCCUGCUGGUGGAGGACCAUCGACGCCAUUCGCAAACACACCACCACCAACACCACAACAGCAGUCAAUGAUGAUGAGUCAGCCUGGAUCAAUGCAACCGAAUGCACAACCGCAACCUCAAAUGAUGCAGCAUCAACAGGGCAUGAGACCAAAAAUGUACUCCAAUCAGAUGGUCGAAGGAGGUCGCGGAACGUCCAUCCAGCAAGACCCUCAACUGCAAGUGAUACUACAACGACUCAAAAAUGCACAAACUCAAGAGGAGAAAGAACAAGUUUUCAGCGAUGUCAAAAAAGUGCCACAUUUAAUGGCCGCAUUUAUCAAGAUGAAAGGCAACGGAGAAGUGCAAGGCGGUCAAGGUAUGCCACAACAGCAAAUGGGCGGAAUGCAACAACAAGCCAUGAUAAGGCAGCCACAGAUGGUAAGUCAGCAAGGUGCACAAUGGCAACAAAGUGGAAUGGGUGCACCUUCAGCGGGACAGCAGCAGCAGCAGUAUUAUCAAACCCAACAGCAGCAAUCACAACAACAACCGAGAGGUCCGGGUGGUCAGUACGCACCGAUGGGUGCUGCAGGCGCUCCACAGUCGGGGAACGCACCACCUGGUGCCGGAGGACAGGCACAACCUCAGUGGCAACAACAAUUCCGCAGCAAUCCUCAACCGGUCAGUCCUGCCAUGCAACAACAAUUCAAUCAGGUUCGAUCUCCGCCGAUAGGACGAUCACCAUCGGUAGGUGGAUUAGCGCCGUCACCGAUGAUGCAGCAACAGGGGGGUGCUCAGCAAAUGCAACAACUGCCACCGCAAGGUUCAGUCGGAGGUCAAGAUCAACAAGGAUAUCGAUGA